CAUUGUGUCGUGGAAAGUUUGACGUAUUAUUUAUGUCAGAAAAAAACUAAAAAAGAAAAAUUUUCAGUAUGUCUUUAAAUUCGGAAGAUCUGAACUAUGAUUUCAACUACAACAUGUUUUUGGCUAAAAAUGCCAUCUCCAACUUGCCAAAAUGCGAAGAUCGGCAAAAAGUGGUGAGAUGGAUGAGAAAACUGGCUUCCAGUAAUAGAACUGUGCAGGAAAUGAAACUAAGAAACGAUUUUAUGUAUUAUUUAAUUAGUAAUAUACAGAGAGGAAAUUUGGAGCCACCUUUUACAGAUCACCCACCCACAAGUCCACUUCCAAAUAUCCAGCAUCUUUUACCUGGUUCUGGGGAUGACACGGAUCUUAACGAUUUUGAUGCAAAUGCAGAAGCCGGAGGAAAGCUUCCAAUGUUGUACGAAAACAGUCCUGAUGGAGGAGCCUUUCUAGCAGCCCAACCUGUCCCCAAAAGUGGAGCCUUUUGCUACCUUGCGGUUGUAGCCAGAGGACCUAAAGAAUCCUAGAGUGCAAAUUUCAAUAAAAGUUACGUU